GUCUUACGGAUUCAUGAAUAAAAAACCAAGUGGAGUUAAGUUCGCAGAGCCCAGGAAAGUUUCCUGCAGACAAAUGUUUGGCGCUCUUCCCAUGACCGAGUACACGUAGCAAACCCCAAGAGCUGAGCUGCGGGCGCACAGAGGCGGCACAUUCGGAGCGAGCUCAAGGAGACUGAAGAGGAGCUCCACUGAAGGGAAGAGAGGAAGAGGAGCGGCAGGGAGAGCGCGAGAGAGACGGAGAUAGAGAUCCCACCGCACUCUCCUGGUUAAGGUCUUUAGUGAAUCGCGCACGGGCACCUCGCCACUGCAGGACAAUGUCUAAUAAAGCGACUUUAGCCUUAGUCAUCUAUGGAAUCAUAAUGCACUACAGCGUCAACUCCUCACCUGUGGGACUUAGCUUUCCCAGCGUUAGACUUGAAAGUGAGGUUUAUGAUGAGGAUGGAAACUCUUUACCGUCCCUGGAUUACGACAGAGACCAACUGGAUGUGAGAAGCCCCCCGUCUGUCGCUGACGACGUCUACACGCUGUACUACCCACCAGAGAAAAGUGCGGGCAACACGUUGGACGACAGCUCGGAGCCCCUGUCCAAGCGACACUCAGACGGGAUAUUCACAGACAGCUACAGCCGCUACAGAAAGCAAAUGGCAGUCAAGAAAUACCUGGCAGCGGUCCUUGGGAAAAGCCUUGAAGACAUAAGUUUACCCCAAAUCCUACAAGACAUAGACUUUGAUGCCCUCCCGGACGGGGAUGAGUUUGAGGCUUUUUUGGGAGAAUGGCUGAAACAGUUCUCUCCCGAGCUUCCGGUGAGUUUUGGGCUCCUUCCUGAGGCCAUGCCUUCGCAGGGACGCCUCCCGUCCCUCCCUCUGUUCCCCUUCUCAUCUUUAACUCUUGUGAUCUUGCACCAAACACUCAAACGCCAAAUCUUCCUCCACCUCAUUCGUGCUCCUGUCUCUCGAGAGCCUCACAGAUUCCGUUGAUUGAUACUAAAAGGUACAAAAUCGACUUGCAUCCUGUUCUCGGAAGCAAUGGGUGAAUUUCAUAAUGGCAGAAAGUCAUUUUGUUAGACCAAAUGUGAACACUGUUGGGUUCCAAUGGCUUAAAAUAUAAAGUCAAGAUGUUUGAACAAAAAAAAAAAGGAAUCGCAGUUCUGCAAAUGAGAACCAGAAAACGUCUGAGGCAUUUCCUUCUACAGUGUUCACAGAAUGAGCUUUCACCUUUGACCUGUGUCACGUGCCGACUUUGUGUUUCUAUCAACUGGUUUCUGUGUGUGGAGCCUUGUUAUCCUGCUGAGGGUUCCCAUGUCUCUCCGCCCAUUUGAGCAUCUCCCACAUUCAGAUAUAAAAACACACAUAGGCACCACCAAUAAAAGAGGGGUACAUUCUGACAUCCCACAUGUAGCGUGAUUUGCUUUCCGACUGCUGCAAACCCCCGCCAGCCAUCUCUGGAUGUUGUUUUGUGUUGUGUUCUCCUCACUGCUUUCUCUACAACCUUAUCCUGCUUUGAUGAAUUUGUACUCUUUUAACAAGAGCAAGUAGCGAUGAUGAAGUUGUCAUUCUCUUCCUAUAAACGUUAACUUAAUUGGCAUAAUGAAGUUUAAAGAGGCUUUGAUGGAGAACAAAUAAAGGAAACAACAUGGACAACACUAGAAACAACAAUAUGUUGCCAUCUGCACGUUCAGACCAGUUUAAAGGAAGCUGUAGUGAUGCAUCAGGUGACAUUCUGCAGAAAACCUGAUCAAGUCCUUCGAUUUGUGUUUACUGUAUCAACCUUUGUUUAAUUUUGCAUUCUCCUCUAGGCUUUGUGACGCAGGGAGCAGUUUGCGGCUGUGGUGCCUUGCAUCGACUUUAAAAUUGCCAUGAAUCACAGAUGGCUAUUUAGUGGCCCUACAAUGCUGCACAUCAUCAGCUUACAUUUCACCCUUUUGUUGUUGUUGUUGUGGUUGCUGUUGUUGUUGUGUUGCACAGACAUCUGGUAGGAUCUUUAGUGCCAUCCAGCUUGGACGUCAAGCGUUCCUGCUUGCGCCGCUUUCUUUUGCACUUUGUUUGCAGAGCAUUUGAUGUAGAGUUUUGUGAAAAGGAUCAGUUUCGCCACUUCAUGAAACUGAAACCCUAUGUGUGAUAAUGAAAGCGCCAAUAGCCUUACUAAAAUCAUAGAUCAAGAUAUAUAUAUGAUAUAUAUAUAUAUAUUUACUGUAUAGAAGUGAAUAUACUUCACAUGACGAUCUGCAAGGGUUAAGUUAAUAAAUGUUUAAAAAAAAGUGUUGUAAGAUUUGUAUGAAUAAAUUUUUGUAAACAA